AUGUCACCGAAGGAGUAUAUAGAUCCAAGUCUAGAAGAUGGUGGCGAGAUUAAGUUCGAUGAGGACACACCAUUGAAAUUCCAGGAUGAGCAAAAGAACAUUGUUCCAGAUGCACCUUUUCAUAUGCGAAUUAUUACCUACGAUAAUGAUACGAGGUUCCGUAUUGAAGUCACUAUGGAAGCUGACUUAUACUUUUUCUAUUUUGCAGAGUUCGAAGAAAAGACAUUUGACGAUUUCAAGAACCAAUCGGGAUUAUCGAUCAAUUUCAAAGAUUUUAUCACAAGUAUUAUGAAAUAUAUUCACGCAAAUUCACAGAAAGAUCCAAAUUAUACAAUUGUCUUAUCUCAAGGAGACAAUUGCCAACUUGGCUUCAAACAAAGCUUAGAAAUUAAACAAGUCGAUCUCUUUGAUGUUGAGCUCGAACCAGAAACAGACGAAUUCAUCAGAAGACAAAUUCAAUAUAGAUUCGAUAAAUCUAGAGCAGAUCUUAAAGCUGCAAGAGAGCAAAAAGAAGACCUUUGCCGUACUAUGAGAGUUAGCGAACCAAAGUCUUCUAGCUCUAUUUUACCUAAAUCACCUGUAACUCCACCUAGAUCUCCAACACCGCGUAAGUAA